CAACCACACAUGUACAGAUUGCCCAGGUAACGCAUGUCAGAGGAGUACAUGUAAUUUUGCUUCCGCGAAACCCUGCGAAUAAAAUAGAGAUCCUGUACCUACGCUUUACGCUUAUAAUAGAGAUAGAUACGAAAACGAAGAAUCGCCGAGGACAGAUAUACUCGAGUUAAAAGUUUAAAUCAUUUGUCGGGAAUAUGUUGCCGAUAGGUACUUGCAGUGAUCCGAAAGGCUGCAGUUCAAGUUCCGAGUUCCAAGCUUAGGCUCUUCGCUUGAUGAAAUGGCAUUCCAAAGGACCGACCACGAGCCGAAAUUAUGUGCAACGAGUGAGAGAAGAAGUAACAGCCAUGCGCAUCCGCACAAAGUCUUUUACCGCCCCUCCCCCUUGGAUGAGAUCACUGAAUCUCACUCGUUACAGGCAGCAUCCGGCACCUAGACGCCGGUCUCGGCAACUACCGAGCGCCAACAUCAGCUCCCCACCUCACUCGCUUGCCACCCCAGUGCCCCGCCCCUCAGCGGGGUAUAAGCCCGUCACAGUCCGCCUACUAUCCCCCGUACCUCUCUCGAUGACUUCGCAACCCCCAUUCCGCCUCCAAAUCCUGUCGGACCUACACCUCGAGUUCGGGUUGCCACCAAACAGCCACCAGUACGAGAGCUACCAGAUUCCCGCGCACGCGCCGUACCUCCUCCUCGCCGGCGACAUCGGCCUGCUCAUCCAAGCGUCGCUCUUCAUCCCGUUCCUUAAGCGCGUCGCACGGGACUUCGAGCAUGUCUUCCUCGUACUCGGGAACCACGAGUUCUACCGCUUCUCCCGCUCGGAGGGGCUGGUCGCCGCCGUGGAGCUGGAAAAGGCGCUUGACGGGAAGGUGACGGUGCUGCACCGCCGCCGUGUCGACAUCGGCGACGUAACGAUCCUCGGGUGCACACUGCACUCAUCUCUAGACCCCGCGGCAACCGCGCGCAUCGCCAUGGGCCUGAACGAUUUCCAUCUUGUGAAGGAGUGGGGGCCCAAGGAGUACAUGCAGGAGCACGCGGCGGAUCUGGGGUGGCUGCGGGAGGAGCUGGCGAAGGUCGAAGAAGGACGGAGGGUAGUCAUUGCAACGCACCAUGCGCCACUAAUUUUGGGCACAAGUAAUCCGAUGUUUGAUGCGAGUCUCUUCCGGAGUGCGUUUUCGACAAAUAUUCUCGGUUCCGGAUGGCACGAGUGGAAGGGCGGGGAGAAGGUCAAGGUGUGGGCGUUUGGCCAUACACAUUGGUCGUGUGAUUUUGUGGAGGAGACAAGUGGGGUUAGGAUUGUGGCGAAUCAGGGGGGGUAUUCGAGGAAUGGACGAGAGGCGACCGGGGAGGGCGGCACGGGGUUCAGGAAGGAUUUUGUGGUCGAGGUGUAGAAUCAGGGUGAAUGAUGAUAGAAGCCUCCACGACAACGAAGACGACUACUUGCGGCGAUUUCUUCUGUUCAGUUCACUCAUUCAAUGGGCCAUACAUAGAGACAGAAAGGCGGUGAAGGAACCUAUCCCGAGCUCUGAGGGUCCGGUUCGGAACCGGUUGGAGCACGGAUGGUCAGGAGAUGACAUUGGGUGGCAGCCGCACACAGCAAGAAAAGACAAGUGUAGGUGUUGGGGCCACGGCGGAUGCGGUUACCGGACACAUGGCUUUGUUGCUCUGAUUCUAAAGUACUAUGACGAAAUGGAAUAGCUACGACUAGAAGCUCAACCUUUAGGAGGGUUACAAAGAUUCUGCUACCGCCACCGAGGUACCAAGAGUGAUAUACUGUGGAGCC